AUGCUGACAUGGAUUUCUUUCAGGACUGUGUUCACCUUGAACACUGGCGACAAGAUCCCCGGCGUUGGCCUGGGCACAUGGCAGUCCCAGCCUAACGAGGUUCGUGAAGCCGUCAAGAAUGCCCUUCUGGCCGGCUACCGACACAUUGACACUGCUCUUGCAUAUGGCAACGAAGCUGAGGUCGGUGCUGGAAUCAAGGAUUCCGGUGUUCCUCGCAGUGAAAUCUGGAUCACCACCAAACUCGACAACCCAUGGCACAAGCGCGUCGAGGAGGGAAUCGCAUCUUCUCUAAAGUCUCUCGACACCGAUUAUGUUGACCUGUAUCUCAUGCACUGGCCCAGCUCCUCAGUUCCCGAAGAUCUUAAGAAACAUUAUGACGACUGGAACUUCAUUGACACAUGGCGUGAGAUGCAGAAGCUUGUUGGAACUGGCAAAGUCCGCAACAUCGGCGUGUCCAACUUUGUCAUCUCCAAUCUUGAGAAGCUCCUCAAGGCUCCGUCCACCACCGUGGUCCCUGCAGUGAACCAAAUCGAACUGCACCCCAAUAUGCCUUCCCCUAAGACCCUGGCGUAUUGCAAAGAGAAAGGCAUUCACGUCACGGCAUACUCGUGCCUGGGAUCGACAGACUCACCUCUCGCCCACGACAAGACCUUGGGCAAGAUCGCAGAGGCCAAGGGAAAGUCUCCCCAGCAAGUUCUUUUGGCCUGGGGCCUCCAACGUGGAACAUCUGUAAUCCCCAAAUCAGUCACCAAGUCGCGAAUCGAAGCCAACUUCCAACUGGAUGACUUCGAGCUGACCUCGGAGGAGGUCGACACGCUGAGCAGUAUUCCCGACAGAUUUAAGGUUUGCGGUGAUUCAUGGCUACCAAUCAAGGUCUUUUUCAAUGAGGAGGGUGAUGGAGGUGACAGCCCAAGCCAUUGA